UUAGGAAAUACCUAUCAACCAGUCAGGAUGGGUUGUUUGGUCAGCAUAUUUUUGAGUUGACUGUGACUGUGAGCGAAGGAUUUAGAUGAUAAUGGAACGGGAUCUCAACCCCUGAAAAGCUUGGUAACCGUGUAAUCCUGUACGCACGUAUCACUGGAGCCCCCUAACUGCCGAUCGUAUGGAUCUCAGCUAGGAGCUUGGUCACUUCGUGCCAGUUACUGAAUCCGGUUAGCAUCGCGAGGUACGUACCUUCAAUAUAGCUUCAAGUGUUCCUAAUGCAGGAAGACGUUUGCCAAAAGACCCAGACGAUCCGUGUAUAAAUAAGUAGUUUACAUCCUAGGGUUUAUUCCUCACAAACUUCCAUAAAGCCACACUCAAUCUAUAAGAAAGAAACAGACCCUUCACUCUGAGAACAUUUACUACUCCACUACAAACAGCCGACAACCUAGCAUUCGAGUAAUCGCUCAACCAUCAACAAAACUAAACAAUCAAACAAUCAUCACAGCCGUUAAUCAUAUAACAUCUGCUCAGAUAUUCAACUCAUCAUGACUUCAUCCGGCGCCCGCGUGAUCGUCACAACUCACAACGAAGAUGGUACAUCCGUCUUCCACUCCGACAACGUGGUCGAGCCGUUCUCACCCUUCGGACCAGGCGGGAGUUCCUUCUCCGUCUUUGACGCCCGAUCCACGGUACCUGUAAACAAUCAAGAGGGGCCGAAAGAUCUACAGAAGAUACUUCCACGCGUACCACCCGCCGGAGUCACUUUCUGCAUCACCAACAUGGCGCCCCACCAUAGCGCACCGAUGCAUCGAACCCUGAGCCUCGACUAUGCUGUUGUGCUUUCAGGCGAGAUUGUCUUAGGUCUCGAUGACGGCGAGGAGAAGACUGUUAAGGCGGGCGACUUCAUUGUCCAGCAGGGAGUCAACCACACUUGGCACAACAGGACGGAUGAGGUUUGUCGGAUUGCCUUCGUCAUGGUGGGGGCGGAGAAGGUCAAGCUAGCGGAUGGACAAGAAUUGGAAGAGACGGUGUUCAAGAAAUAGUGCACCGUAGGUAGUAGCAUUAGUCAAUUUGGGAGCGUGCUUCAUAUUAUACUAAGACAUCCAAGAUGUGACUUCAUUCCAGUGUACUCCCGGAUCCGCUCAAACACCACACGAGCACUCUGUGUUUGCUCGGGUGUCGUUGACAUUCGCAUUUGGACUCCUUUAAUAACUUUGAUAGGCCAGAGUAGUAGGUAUCCCCCUAUUCCUCGACAUCUAGGAGAGCCGGUGCGAUGAUCGUGCACACGACCUAGAUGAUCAAUGUCACCGAACAUUUGAGGGACGGUCGAGAGAACUUCAUCAGCAAGUUUACGAAUCGUCUCGGUGAAUUGUUCAAUUAAUAGAUGAAAGCUCUCUCUCAGCAGCACACUCGAGUCAGGGGAUCCUACUGCAGCAAUUAA